AGGCAUCAAGGGCCCAGUAUGAGGGUGAACCAAGAUAACUUUGCUGUUGAAGUUAAUUGCAAUGCCUGCGGGUUACAACACCACCACGAACCUUUGAGGCCAGAGUCGCAAAUCUUUGGUCUAGCAGGAAUUUUGUUCUCUUUCUCCAAGGAAAUAUUCAAGCAUGGAAAUUGUGGACAUCUGAAUCACAGACUGAAUUGACUGCAGAGAUACUAGAUUGCAUAUUGCAAAUCAAGAUUUGAUAAUCUAUAAAUCAGAUGUUUUGCCUGUCCUUUUCUAUCUGCUGCCUGGCCUCAGCUGCUAGAUUGCUGAUUUUUUAUGCCAAACCAUUAUAUGAUUGGUUGACUGUUAACAGCUGAAUGACUAGCGUAAAUUUUGUCUAAAACAAACACCUCAUACAUCAGGUGAUGAAACUGAACUGAAAAGCUUUCUGGUGAAUUACUCUUAUCACAGCAUCGCUGAACAUGAUCCAUUUUUUAAGCUUAUUCUCGAAUCCUUUCUUCAGUUCUGCAGAUCAGGUGCCUGUAAAAGCUGCUUGUUUUUUGGAUAAGUUGACCCGUAUGAAUAUAUGUCUAGUCCCAUAUGAUGUUGUAGAGACAUCUUAAGUACUUAAAUAGGGCUAUGGAUCUCAGUUGGUAAGUACUUAAAUAGGGCUUUUGUGGAUGAGGUCUUUGAAUCGUUCCACAAGUAUAUCUUGUCUCUGAUAAUUAUGACCAUUCUUUUGUGUUUUUAAUUUAUAGACAAAUAUAUUUAAGAAAUUGAUAGUACCAUCCAAGCAUAAAACAACAUACAUGUAUUGUCUUAAUAGUUUGUGCAAGGACCUGUGUGUUUAGUCCCAUAUCAUGUUGUGUUGGGGAGGCGAGAACCUUUUAAUCAUCAAUUAAUAAUCUUCUGGCUAGCUUUCAUCCAAUGGGAUUUUGGGUUGUUAUAAAAUAUAUUUUAUCUCACUUAUGAUCAUUUAUAUUUUUUUAUUCUCUUUUUUAUUGAUAUAUAAGUAAAAUUUAAGAAAUUGAUGGUGCUAUCCUGUAGGUACAAGCAUAAAACAAAACAAAUGAAUGGUCUGAUCAGAUUAGGAUUAGAUCCUCCCUUUUUUUUUGGUCCUAUAUUUUACUAUAAAUAUAGUGUUACCUCUUUUCUUCAGUCUCCCAUGGACAUUUAUCUUUAAUCUCAACUAGUUAUAUCAGAUCUCGUAUCCGCUUUUGCUCCAUAAAUUCACAUGUUAGAAUUGUCUAGGUUCACAGUGUAGAGCAAGAUUUUGGAACUAAAUUUUAGGAUCCAUUCAGCUUCAGUUGGGUCGGAUCCUUGUCUACAGGAUCCAGAUUGAAUUUCGUGUACCCAUUUGGCGCGUCUCAACGGUCGUUUGGGUCGGGUGCAGUUCAGCUCAGGUACCGCUUUGUACAGGUUCUUCUCCGAGCUCUAACAUGCCUCAGAAUGCCAUAAGAACCCCGAAAUUCCUCGACGUCUUGUUUCCCACGCUCCCCUCCACCGCCAAGAACAGAAUCGUAAGAGCUACCCACGAGAAAGGACUCCACACGGGUGCUCAAAGUCUCAGCCGGUUCGCCUUCCCUUCCCUCCUCAAGAAAUGCGCGGCCCAGCCGGACCUCCGCCAUGGCAAGCGAAUCCACGCUUCCAUCAUCCAAACCGGCCUCCAAUUCGACCCCUUCAUCGCCAGCUCUCUCAUCAACAUGUACGCGCGAUGCGGCUCCCUGACCGAUGCCCAACAUGUGUUUGCUCAACUCCCUCAAAGAGAUGCCGCCGUGUGGAACGCCAUGAUUGCCGGCUACUUCCAUCACGGCUGCCGACAUGAAGCCCUCUCUUUGUUCUACCAGCUGCAAUUGUCGGGCGUGAGACCUGAUGGGCACUUGCUCAGCAUUCUCCUCGGCGGCUGUAGUGCUAAUUUGGAUCUUUGGCAUGGCAGACAGGUGCACGCUUUUCUUGUCAGGAAUGCUUCGGACAGCGACUCAUUCUUAGGGACUGCAUUGAUCGACAUGUACGCAGAGUGCGGUGAAGUAACGGGGGCAUAUCGGGUGUUCCGCGGGAUGGUCGAUAAGAAGGAUGCUUCCUUGUGGAAUGCGAUGAUCGGGGGCUUUUGCCAUAAUGGGUUGUGGGAGGAAGGCUUGGAACUGUUCGUGCUCAUGAAGAAUUGGGGCUUGGAGCUGCAGUCCACCACCUUCUCGAGCACUCUGACAGCAUGCUCAACUGGCGAGGUGGUGGCUUUUGGUGAAGGGGUUCACUGUUGCUUGAUAAAGUUGGGCUUCGAGCUCGAUCCUUACGUCUGCACUUGUCUUCUAGGCAUGUACGGUAGGUGUGGAUUGCUCGACGAGGCUCGUAGAGUUCUUGAGAGUGCAAGGAGCAAAGGAACUGAGCUUUGGAAUUCAAUGAUCUCAGCUUAUGUUAACAGCAGUUAUGCAUUAGAUGCUUUGAAUGUUUAUAAGCAAAUGAGGUUGAGUGAUAUAAGGUCAGACUGCAUUACUAUUUCCAAUGUGCUGUCCUCUUGUAGCAUUGUUAGUCUCUUGGAUUUCGGCAAGGGAGUUCAUGGAGAGCUGAUAAAACGACCAGAGCGGAAUAACAUGAUGGUGCGGGGUUCCUUAAUCAAUAUGUAUAUGAAGUGUGGAAGCACUGAGGAUGCCGGGCUGCUCUUUAAUUUGGGUAAAGAUUGGGAUGUCAUUGUUUGGGGUUCUAUGAUUGCAGGGUACUGCCAGAACAAGAAAUAUGAUCGUGCAUUGAACCUAUUCAAUAAACUGAGGGUGAAAGGUUUGGACCCAGACUCUGCCAUCAUUGCAAGUGUUGCCUCUGCAUGCGCCGGAUUGGGAUUCCUAGUACUUGGGUAUCAGAUUCAUGGGUUUGCAAUCAAGAGUGGCACAAGUUUUGAUGUGUUUGUGGCUAGUGCUUUGAUAGAUAUGUAUGCAAAGUGUGGAUUGCCACAGUUGGCAGGAAUCAUCUUUUCUGGAUUGCCAUGUAAGAAUAUUGUGGUCUGUAACUCUAUGAUCUCAGGUUAUGGUAGAAAUGGCCUACUUGAUGAGUCCAUCAGUACUCUUGCGCGAAUAUCUCAGCAUGGUUUGGUUCCUGACUCAAUCUCCAUAAGCAGCCUUCUUGCUUCAGUCUCCUCUUUAGCUGUGUUGGAGAAAGGAAAGAUGAUCCAUGGCUACCAGAUAAGAAAUGAAGUAAUAUGUGACAGUCAUGUAGAAAAUGCCCUUCUUGACAUGUAUAUGAAGUGUGGGUGCUUAAAAUAUGGGCAAUCCAUUUUUGAUAGGAUGCAUUUAAGGAAUAUGGUGGCCUGGAAUACAAUGAUCACAGGAUAUGGACAUCAUGGAUAUUGUCUAAAAGCAAUUGGAUUAUUUGAGGAGAUGAAGAGAUUGAGAGUGUUACCAGAUGAAGCCACCUUUCUCUCUUUAAUAUCAUCUUGCAGUCAUUCAGGUUUGGUUGAAGAAGGUAUGGCAUUCUUCCGAUCCAUGAGCAGGGACUAUGGCAUUGGCCCUAGGAUGGAGCAUUAUUUGAAUAUGGUAGACCUCUUGGGUCGUGCCGGGCGACUGGAUGAAGCCUACUGUUUCAUCAAAGCUAUGCCAACGAAGGCUGGUGAGAGUGUUUGGUUGUGUUUUUUAAGUGCUUGCAGAGCUUAUAGGCAUAUGGAAUUUGGAGAAAUUGCUGCCGAUCACCUUCUCAAGCUAAAGCCUGAAGGGAGUGGGAGUUUCACUCAGCUGUUAAAUUUCUACGGGGAAGUGGGAUUGUUUGGCAAAGCAGCAAAAGUAAAGCUACAAAUGAAAGAGUUGGGUUUGAAAAAGAAUCCAGGUUGCAGUUGGAUUGAGGUCAAAGACAGGAUCCAAGUAUUCUUCUCAAGUGAUUCAUCUCCAUUGAUAACAGAGAUUCAUGACACAUUAAGAAAUCUUAGAAGAUCCAUGAGAGAGGAGGAAAAAUUUUCAUGAUGCUGAUGGUGUGUCAAAGACGAGGAACAAACGAGAGAAGAACUCUAUGCACGAUGGUAAUGCCAGCAAGCAGAGCUCAUCCCCAGCAAUGACCAGAGAACAUAAUUACGUAAAUGGGUUCCAGAAGUAGAUCCAGAAGAAGGUUCUCAUAAUUUUUUUGUACUAGUUUAAUUGGUGAGAGCAAGUGAAACUGCUGUUUUGUGAUCUAUAGAACAAACUCAUAAUACAACAGUUAUCAUAUUGGAUGACCCAUCGGAAGAAUAAGAUUCAGCAAGUUUCCUUUGGUUGGCAUCGGAAUGAAAUGAAGCCCAUUGCAUAGGAGACUGAAUCAGAGAUUGUUCUAGUGUUCCAGAAGAGAUGCAAAUUCUCAGGCUACUGUAUGAAACCUGUUUGAUUUUUUGUGAAUUAUGGUGUCACUGGAAGUCAUACCAACUGUGUGUCGUGGAGCUAAUCUAAGAUUAGGCCAAUUGUCUGGGGAUUGUAGAGCCUUGUACCAUGGAAGGUUGGAAGGUCAGUGUAUUAUCAUAGAAAAAGGAAUCCGACUUUCUAACACCAGCGAGAAGUAGGUAAAAAUUAUUAUGAAGCUGUAAUAAAAGAACUCAGAGUAGAAAACUGAGAUUGCAAUACUAUCAAUGAUUUGACAUUAGAGUGGAGACUUGUAUGGUUGUAAGCAACAUGUAAAUCCCAAAAGAAAGCAUCAGAUAUUGCUAGCUACCUCUGCUUGUAUAGCAUUGCUGAUAAUAUCAUGGUGAUAUUCUAUA